AUGGAGACCUCGGAUGUCGGCAAGUGGCUUCAGCGCGACGUCAACUGCUUGGCGGACCCGCAGCGCUCGGUGCGCAAGCGGUCGCUCGAGAAGCUCAGCAUGGUUGCGGAGCUUUCGGCCAAGUUUGGCCAAGGCCACCUCGUGAGCUUCUUCCAGUCGCACCUCUUUCAGCCGCUCGUCGCGUGCUUCGCCGACCCGAUCGAAAAAAACCGCGAGCUCAGCAUCCGCACGUGUACCGAGUAUGCCAAGUUGGGCGCGAUUGCUGGCGACGGGCGGGAGAAGGCGCUUGUCGUCGCGAUCCAUGCGCGCAUCGGCAAGGCGCCGUUUCCCGAAGGCGCCGAGGAGCUUCGCCUUCAGCUGCUCGAGCUCCUCGCACUGGUGCUGCACGGCGCGAUGCCCGACGAUAGCAUUUUUACAACCGCGAUCGGUGAUGUCAUGGAGACCCUCGCCAAGACCGCGACCGACCCGUUCCCGGACGCGAAGAAGGCGUGCUGCGACGCCAUCUUGGUGCUGGCCGCCAAGUGGCCGGCGCAGGUCAAGAUGCACCUUGCGGCGCUUGCGCGGCCGCUGACCAUGAACUUGGGCCAUCAGCACGCCCGAGUUCGCCUUUGCACCCUCCAGGCGCUCGAGACGCUCGUCCCCUGCGGCUCGACGACGCUGCCGGAGCUCAUGAAGGACGUACUCUUGCCCAACUUGAGCCGCGUCAUGUUUGAUCGGUCGGCCGCCGUGCGCAAGCAGCUCGUGCAGGCCAUGGCCACGUGGUGCCUCCGCAUCGACGAGCUCCGCGAGUUUGAAGCGGCGCUGUUGCCGCUGCUCUUUUCGGGGCUGGCGGACGAGUCGGAAGAGGUGCAGCGUCACAGCUUGCUCCUCGUACAGCAGCUCAGUACGCUCUGGGCCUCGGAUCCUUUGAACGCCGAGAGCGAUGUGGACGACGCCGACAUGGCAAAUGUGGUGACGCCGCCCUUCACGGCGCGGCCACCGCUCGGCGCACGCCUCGUGACGCGUCGGCUCCUUGCGCAGCUCUUGCCGUCGCUCUUGGACCAGUGCUCAGACUGGACGGUCCAGACAAGAGAAAAGGCCACGUCGAUCUUGCGCAUCGUGCUAUUGCUUGUCGAAGACGCCGCCGAUGCGCACGUCGCCGCAAUCUUGUCGGCACUCGCCAAGACAUGCCGCGACGACGAGCCGGUCGUCGUCGCCAGCGUCCAGGCGGCCAUGGCGAUCGUCGGUCAAUUCGCCAACCCCGACUUGAUCUUCUCGAGCUUGUUGCCGCUCGCCGCUGGACGGCUCCCGGGCCAGGACACGUCCCACCACCGGACGAAUGGCCUCGUGUUGCUCUCCAUGGCGAUUGCUGGCAUGGCGCAGCCGACGAUUCUGCCCCACAUGGAGCGCAUCACGGAAGCGCUCGCGGACGCCGGGUUGCGCGAAGCCGACGCGCCCGAGCUCCAGGAAAAGCUGUCUCUUCUCACGGCAACGAUCGUGGCGACGGGUGCACCGCUCUUGGUGGCCCACGAGGCGUGGGCGUUCCGGCUCUUCUGGGUGCUGAGCCAAAUGAUUGCGUCGACACCGGACGACUCGAUUGCGUUCGACACGGCCAUCCAUGGGCUCGUCGCACUCGCGACCGCACUCGAGCUCGACGUGCCGGGACUGUACCGUCGAUUUCUGACGCCGCUCGUACAGACCAUCGGCGCCAACGACGUUGUGUGGUCCAAGGCGUCGCCGCACCGAGUGCUCUUCGACUCGAUGGCGCGUCGAGGCGGCAAGGCAUGUGGCGCUGCGCUGCCAGUGCUCCUGCCGGUGCUCCUGCGGCACCUCGACCCGGCCCGCGAGGCUGACGUGCGGCUCGCCUUCUUGGCGCUCCUGGAGACGAUGCUCGGAAACCCGGAGAUGGCGCCCGCCUUUCAGCCGUUUGCGUCGACGGUCUUGGUCAAGGCCAUCACGCCCAACAUUGUCUGGCAAGGCGGCAAGGUCGCGGCCACGAUCCGCAAGGUCGCGAUGGCGUGCACGUACACGCUCUUGCGGCAGGGCUUGGCGACGACGCCGUGUCUGUUUGAAGCCGCGCCGGUCAUGCUACCCGUGCUCAAGGCCGCGCUGGACGACGGCGAUGCGAAGACGCGCCAGCUCGUGUGUCUCGCGCUGCAGUUCCUCUUUGUCGCGCUGCCUCAAGCGCUUGGCCAGGAACCCGUGGCCCAGCUGUACCACGAUCUGCUCAAGCGCCUCGACGACAGCAACGACUUGGUGCGCAAGGCCGCGUGCGCGACGUUUCUCGAGUUUCUGCGCGCGGCGCCACCAAGCCAUUUCCAAGGCACCAUAAUCGACUACUCGAUGGACGCACUCUUCGUGCACCUCGACGACAACGACAGCGAGAUCCAAGCCGCGGUGUUUGCCGUGCUUCUCGAAACCAAGCGCGUGGACGCGACGCGGCUGCGCCAAAAGGCUGCGGAGAACCGGAGUCGUCUGCGCAGCCCGUACUACUGCGACCAGCUCCUGCAGUAA